UCAACUGCCCCCCUUCCACACACCCCCGGGCCCCCCCACAGCACUCUACCUGGAGACGCCCGCCAGCUCAGCAUACAGGUCGAGUGAGCCCGAGGAGCUGAGUGGCGGCCCCCCCAGGCUGGAGGAGUGUAGUGCAGGAGCACACAAGGAGACGCGCUACUGCCCCCCCAGGCUGGAGGAGUGUACUGCAGCAGCAGCAGCACACAAGGACACGCGCUACUGUGCCGUGUGUCAAGACUACGCGUCCGGCUACCACUACGGGGUCUGGUCCUGUGAGGGGUGCAAGGCCUUCUUCAAGAGGAGCAUCCAGGGUCAUAAUGACUACAUGUGCCCGGCUACUAACCAGUGCACCAUCGAUAGGAACCGCAGGAAGAGCUGCCAGGCCUGUCGCCUCCGCAGGUGCUACGAAGUGGGCAUGAUGAAGGGAGGGUUCCGUAAGGAGCGUGGUAGGAGGGUUCUGCGACGUGAGAAGCGUCCUUUUGGCGAGCGGCCGUACGGCGAGCCCCUGCAGAGGCCGGCUCCACCUGUGGGCCCAGGAGAGGUACUGCAGCUGCUGCUGGGGGCGGAGCCACCGAUGCUGUGCUCACGCCAGAAGCCCUCGCAGCCCUACACCGAGCUCAGCAUGAUGACGCUCCUCACCAGCAUGGCCGACACGGAGCUCGUGCACAUGAUCGCCUGGGCCAAGAGGAUCCCAGGGUUCCCGGAGCUGUCGCUGCAUGACCAGGUGCACCUGCUGGAGAGCUCUUGGCUGGAGAUCCUGAUGAUCGGACUCAUCUGGAGGUCCAUCCACUGCCCAGGGAAGCUGAUCUUCGCCCAGGACCUCAUCCUAGACAGGAACGAGGGCACGUGUGUGGAGGGCAUGGUGGAGAUCUUCGAUAUGCUGCUGGCCACAGUGGCGCGCUUCCGCAGCCUCAAGCUCACACCGGAGGAGUUCGUGUGCCUCAAAGCCAUCAUUCUGCUCAACUCAGGUGCGUUCCCCUUCUGUUCCAGUGCGGUUCCUCGACUGCAGGACUGCUACAGUGUGCAGCGGAUGCUUGACACCAUCACCGACGCCCUCAUCUUCUGCAUCAGCCAAUCAGGAGCCUCCGUGAUUCUGCAGUCUCGCCGGCAAGCUCAGCUCCUCCUACUGCUCUCACACAUCAGACACAUGAGCAACAAGGGCAUGGAACACCUCUACAGCAUGAAGUGCAAGAACAAGGUUCCGCUGUACGACCUGCUGUUGGAGAUGCUGGAUGCCCACCGCCUCCACUCCCCAGAGACCCCCAACCUCCCAAGCCUCCACCUCCACUCCCCAGAGACCCCCAACCUCCACCUCCACUCGCCAGAGACCCCCACCCUCCCCAGCCUCCACCUCCACUCCCCAGAGACCCCCAACCUCCGCCUCCACAGCCCAGGGAAGGAGGCCCGGGACUGGGCUGAAGACAACAGGGCAUCCCCCCUCACCCCCAACCUCCCUGUGGCCACCGGACCGUACGGCUCCUUGAGCCCUGCAGCCCAGUAGCAACCCCACAGCUCCACCUAGAGGCUCCGCCCAGUAGUGUCCCCACAGCUCCACCUAGAGGCUCCGCCCAGUAGUGUCCCCACAGCUCCACCUA